GGCUCCCACCGCCCCAUGGAGCCGUCCCCGGGCGCCUCAGGUGAUGCAGGGAGGGGCGCAGCCCCCUCGCCGAUGCCCGCGACCCCCCCGCCGAUGCCGGCCAAGGAGGAGGCUCGCCCCCCGCCCGAGGGGGCCAGCUGUGACCCCGGCCCCGCCGCCGCCGCCCCCCCCGGCUCCCCGUGCCGGCCGCCGCCGCCCGCGGACCCGCUGGACACCCGCAUUGUGAUGGGGGAGGAGACGCGCUGCCCCCCGCCCGAGCCGCGGGGGGGGCCCCCCGUGCCUUGUCCCUUCCCCGCGCCCCCCAAGGAGCCCCCCCCGGGCCGCCCCCCCGCGCUGGACCCCGAGCUGUUCUUCACGGCCCCCUCGACGCCGGUGCGGGCCGGGGGGGCGCGGCCGCCCCCCCCCGAGGAGCCGACGGACGGGGACAGCGAGGGGCUGUGCUCGCCCCCCACGUCCCCCUCGGGCUCCUACAUGACGGCCGAGGGCGGCAGCUGGGGCUCCUCGGGCACCGCCAGCACCUCCCCGUCCUGCUCCCCCAACCUGGCGGCCGAGGCCGAAGGCCUGGGGGAGGCUGAGGGCGAGGCCGAAGGUCUGGGGGGGGCCCUGGUGCUGCCCCCCGGCCUGGGGGACCCCCCGGCCUUCCCCCCGCUGUCCCCCGAGGAGGAGGAUGACGAUGAUGAUGAUGAGGACGGUCCCUUCGCCCCGCCGGGCUGUGCGGAUGACGAGGAUGAUGAUGAUGAGGACGGGCGGACGCCGGAGGAGGAGGAGGAUGAGGACGAGGGCUCGGGGCUGAUCCCGGCGGCGCUGCUCCCGUUCCGCGGCAGCCUCCUCUUCCAGGCCGAGGCCGUGGAGAUCUCGCCCCGGGCCCCCGCCGAGGAGGAGGAGGAGGAGGAUGAAGGCAGCACCUCGGCGUCCUUCCUGCGCUCGCUGUCCGAGAGCUCCAUCCCCGAGGGGGGGGACGAGGCCUUCGCCUUCCGCGACGACACCGACGCCUCCUCGGACUCGGCCGCCUACGACGGGGACGAGGACGAGCGGCUCUACGGCAGCGAGCGGCACGCGGGGGACGCGGCGACACCGCCGGGGACGCCCCGGGCCUCCCCCGGCCCUGCCGGUGUCGAGCUCCACCUCCGUGCCGGCUCCCCGUGCCACCCCGCCCGCCGGGACGCGGCUCCCGGAUCCUCGGGGACGCCCCUGGCACCCCCCGGAGGGGACGCAGAGCUGGACGGCGACGCCUUUGUCACCAUCGCCGGGGCGUGGCCCCCGCCGGAGCCCCCCGAGGAGGAGGAGGCGGCGGCAGCCGCAGAAGGUUCUGGAGCGGCGCUGGGCCAGGGACCGUGCCCGCAGCUGGCAGUGACCGACCCUGUCCCCGAGGCCCCUGUGCUCUGUGCCCGGGACCCCCAGAGCCACCAGCUGGGGGGGACCAAUGGGGAGCCCCAGGAUGGCCCUGGGGGUGACAGUGAUGGUGACAAUGACCUUGAGCUCAGCGCGGGGACAGUGGGGAGCCCUGACGGCCACAGCGAGCCGGACUCUGCAGCCACCGGCCUGGGGACACCGGUGACACCGACCCCCCUGGAGGACAUGGACACCGCGGCCAGUGACGUGGUGACACCAGUGACACCCAGCCUGAUGGACUCGGUGGCCGCUGACCUGGUGGCACCGGUGACACCGACCCCCCUGGACGACAGGGACACUGCAGCCACUGACCUGGUGACACCGGUGACACCAACCCCCCUGGAUGAGAAGGACACUGUGGCCACUGACCUGGUGACACCAGUGACACCGACCCCCCUGGAUGACAGGGACACUGCAGCCAGCGAUGUGGUGACACCAGUGACACCGACCCCCCUGGAUGACAGGGACACUGUGGCCACUGACCUGGUGACACCAGUGACACCGACCCCCCUGGAUGAGAAGGACGCUGCAGCCACUGACCUGGUGACACCAGUGACACCAACCCCCCUGGAUGAGAAGGACGCUGCAGCCACCAGCCUGGUGACACCCAGCCCGCCUGACGAGCCCGACACUGUGGCCACUGACACGGUGACACCAGGGACACCAACCCCGCUGGACGAGCUGGACACUGCGGCCGCUGCUCCGGUGACAGCCAGCCUGACGGACAGCACAGCCCCCAGCCUGGUGGCACCCAGCCCGUCAGAUGCUGCAGCCCCUGAUGUCGUGGCAUUGGUGACACCCAGCCCCCCAGAUGAGCCGGACACUGCGGCCACCAGCCUGGUGACACCAGUGACACCCAGCCCCCCAGAUGAGCCGGACACCAUGGCCACAGACCUGGUGACACCAACCCCACUGGUGGCACCCGGCUCCCCAGAUGAGCCCGACACUGUGGCCACCAGCCUGGUGACACCAGUGACACCAAGCCCACCACAUGAGCUGGGUAUCGUGGCCACUGACCUGGUGACACCGGUGACACCAGUGACACCCAGCGUGCUGGACAAGAUGGAAGUUGUGGACACUGUCCUGGUGACACCAGUGACAUCCACCCUGAAGGAUGCUGUGGCCACUGACUUGGUGACAUCAGUGACACCUACCCUGAUGGCCACUGCGGCCACCAACCUGGUGACAUCAGUGACACCACCCGCCCUGGAUGAGAGUAACCCUGCGGCCACCGACCUGGUGACAUCGCUGACCCCUGCCCUGAUGGACACCACGGACGCUGCCCUGGUGACCCCGAGCGUGACGGACACCAAACCGGUGACAUCGGUGACACCAGCCUCCCAGGAUGAGCCGGCCACCGUGACCACUGAUGUGGCGACCCCCGGCCCGGUGGACACCGUGGUGGCCCCCAGCCCCCUGGCCGCUGUCCCUGCCCCGUGUCCCCCGGCCUGGGCCGUGGCGCUGGCAGCCGGGGUGGCCCCAUCCCACGAGUCCCCGGCUGUCCCCCCGUGUCCCCUGGCGCAGGCGACGCUGUCACAGCGCCCUGGGGAUGUCCCUGAGGAGGGGGGGGACGCGGCCACCGCCUCGGCCGAGGAUUUGCCCCCGGAGCUGCCGGACGCGUCGCGCUCCCGCGCCGACUCCAGCUCCGUCACCGGAGAGGCCCCCCCGAGCCCCGCCGGGCCCCGCGGAGAGCCCGAGGAGGAGGAAGAAGAGGAUGAGGAUGCGGCCCCCGCGCCCCCCUCGCCGCAGUUCACGGCCUCGGAGCGGGAGGUGUUUGUGGGGACCCCCCCGGCCCCCCCCGAACCGCUCCCACCACCCGGUGCCUUUUCGGGGCGCGGGGCCGGGCCGGGUGUCACCGCCCCGCUCCGGGGGGCCCCGGGGGUCCUGCCCCCCGCCCCGCAGGAGCCCCCCACCCCCCGGCCGGGCCCUGAGCCCCCCGGCCACGCUGCAGGGGACACCGAUGCCAAAGUCCCCCCGAGUCCCCCCGGCCCCCCCGAGCAGCAGGAGGAAGAGGAGGCCGCGGGGGGGGUCGCACCCAGCCCCCUGCCCGCCGCGGGGGCUCGGCCGGGGCCUCCUCCUGCCGAGCCCCCCUGCCCUGCACCCCCCAAACUCAGCCAAGUGCCUCCUCCUGCCGCCCUGGCCCCCAGCCCGCCCAGGCCCCCCCCCAGCCAGGAGCCCCCCCCGGGGCUGCCCCUCUCCAGGAAGCACCUCGAAGGGUCUGGGAACGAGUCCGAGAGCAACGACGAGUCCAUCCCGGAGCUGGAGGAGCCCGAGGGCUCGGAGCUGCCCCCUGCCCAGCCCCAGGUGCCCCUCGGCCACGCCCUCGGCCCCGGAGAGGAACCGCUCAGCAAAGCCAAGCAGAGCCGCAGCGAGAAGAAGGCCCGGAAGGCCAUGUCCAAGCUGGGGCUGCGGCAGAUCCACGGCGUCACCCGCAUCACCAUCCGCAAAUCCAAGAACAUCCUGUUCGUCAUCUCCAAACCCGACGUCUUCAAGAGCCCCGCGUCUGACAUCUACAUCGUCUUCGGGGAGGCCAAGAUCGAGGACCUGUCCCAGCAAGUGCACAAGGCAGCGGCUGAGAAGUUCAAGGUGCCCCUGGAGCACUCGGCGCUCGUGACCGACGCUGCUCCCGCCCUGGCCAUCAAGGAGGAGAGCGAGGAGGAGGAGGAGGUGGACGAGACAGGGCUGGAGGUGCGGGACAUCGAGCUGGUGAUGGCCCAGGCCAACGUGUCACGGCCCAAGGCCGUGCGGGCCCUGCGGCACAACAACAACGACAUCGUCAACGCCAUCAUGGAGCUGACCAUGUAGCAGCCAGGGGUGUCCUGGCCCCCUGUAUAGAUGCACAGAGCCCCCCCAAAUCCUUCCUGCUGCCCCCCAUCCUCCUCCUGGCCCCCUGGACUGCUCAAUAAAGGCCUCCUGCACCCCUUGGAUCGCA